CACUUCUUCCGUGAAAUGGGUCAGAUCUACGAAGCCUCACUGUCCCUCCCAGAAACACAUCCAUCACGUCAGCAGUUACAACAUCUGCCCAAACUAUGUGCAGAAUUGUUACUUGAUGGCUUCCCCCUUGAGCUUGUAGAUGGAGAUGCAUCCAACAUAUCUCUCACAUGGGUGAGUGAUGUCCUCUCUCAGCUCAAUGACUUGGUGUCUCCUAAGAGCAAGAUACUGGUGGUCACAGUUCUUGGAGUUCAGAGCACAGGAAAGUCUACUCUCCUCAACACCAUGUUUGGAGUGCAGUUUGCAGUCAGCAGCGGCCGAUGCACUCGAGGUGCCUUCAUGUUGCUCAUCAGAAUCAAUGAAGAUGUUAAAAACAAACUCAACUGUGACUUCAUGGUGAUCAUUGACACUGAGGGCUUGAAGUCACCAGAGCUUGCACAACUGGACAAUAGCCACGAGCACGACAAUGAGCUUGCAACACUUGUUGUGGGGCUGAGUGAUAUCACCAUCAUCAAUAUUGCAAUGGAGAAUUCCACAGAAAUGAAGGACAUCCUGCAAAUAGUUGUGCAUGCUUUCCUCAGGA